UCAUCAUCAUCAUCAGGUUUUCUUCUUCAGACCUCAAAUUGGAUAGUGAUUCAACCGAUUCGGUCCUAAAUUUGAUUCGAUUUUAACUGAAUCUGAUGGAACCAAUGGUUGUAGAGAUGUCUUCAACGGUGAUCUCGAAUCCUGUAAUGUCUUCUGACAGAGUAAUAUCAAGGAGAAAAAAGAGUAAGAAAAGUUUGAGAAAUCAAACUCAAAACAUUAGCAACAAUAACAGUAACAGUGAAACUCCGAGUAAUACUACUGAAUGGAAAACUCAAGCUCAACAGCAAGUUUACUCUUCAAAGCUACUCAAAGCACUCCGUGAAUUGCGGAUCAGUUCACCAGCGGCGGCGGCGACGACUUCAUCGGUGCCGGCGCCAAAAGGCGGUCGAGCCGUACGUGAAGUUGCUGACAGAGUCCUUGCCGUUACUGCUAAAGGACGAUCCAGGUGGAGCCGAGCUAUACUUACAAACCGGCUCAAGCUCAAGUUCAUGAAGAAACACGCCAAGCGGCAGAAAAUGGCGGUUUCCUCUACCAGCCGGUUACCUAGGAAGCCGAGAGUGGGGAUUUUGAAGCUGAAAACGAAGAAUUUGCCGGCUUUUCAGAAAAAAGCUCGAGUUUUAGGACGGCUUGUUCCUGGUUGCCGGAAACAACCGCUGCCGGUGAUUCUAGAUGAAGCUACCGAUUACAUAGCAGCUCUUGAGAUGCAAAUUCGAGCGAUGAGCGCUUUAGCUGACCUACUUUCUGGUGCUUCCUCAAGUACUACUGCUCCUCUUGAUCAGCUCAGCUCGAGUCGACCUCCUCCUAUUUGAUGAUUUAUGGUUUUCUUGCUUUUCUAUUUUAUCUAUUUUCUUCUCUCCCUUUCUAUGAAUAUUCCUCUGUUACAUAUAUUUCUUCUAUCUUUUCAAGUGUUGGGACAA